AGCCGCUCCCCGUGACGCCUCCACCUCCACCGGAAUCACAGCACAGGGACGCCGGCCACAUGCGCCCUCACACCGCUGUGAAACUGCAGCAGAGGGCUUGUUCUCCGCAUGGUACUGAGCACCACGGUGUUUUUGCCACCUCAGUGUGUGUAGCUACUCCUCUCCAGCUGAACAGCGGAUAGUAACAGGAGGCUGCAGGAGCAGGAGCGCGCAGUCGGACCUGGAGGACAACAAGAUGAAGUUGGCGGUCCUCCUCCUCCUCCUCCUCCUCCUCCUCUGCCCGCUGUCCCUCGCCGACAUCCCCGCUCAGAGUGAGUUUGUAUCCUUGGCGGAGAUGGAGGACGCCCUGCUGAAGAACCUUUUCCAAGGCUACCAGCGCUGGGUCAGGCCCAUCCAGCAUGCCAACGACACUGUGAGGGUGCGCUUCGGACUCAAGAUCUCCCAGCUGGUUGAUGUGGAUGAGAAGAACCAGCUAAUGACAACUAACGUUUGGCUGCUUCAGGAGUGGAUCGAUUACAAGCUGCGAUGGAAUCCAGACAAAUAUGGAGGAAUCACUUCGAUCAGAGUCCCGUCUGAAAAUAUCUGGCUCCCAGACAUCGUCCUCUAUGAGAAUGCUGACGGGCGGUUCGAGGGCUCCCUGAUGACCAAAGCCAUCGUCAAGUUCAAUGGUGCCAUCACCUGGACGCCACCUGCCAGUUACAAAUCCGCCUGCACUAUGGACGUCACCUUCUUCCCCUUCGACCGCCAGAACUGCACCAUGAAGUUUGGCUCCUGGACAUACGACGGCAACAUGGUGGACCUGGUUUUGAUAGACAACCAGGUAGACCGGAAGGACUUCUUCGAUAAUGGGGAGUGGGAGAUCCUUAGCGCCACUGGUGCCAGAGGGAACAGGAAGGAUGACAUGUAUUCGUACCCCUUCAUCACUUAUUCCUUCAUUCUGAAGAGGUUGCCGUUGUUCUACACACUCUUCCUCAUCAUCCCAUGUUUGGGUUUGUCCUUUCUGACCGUCUUGGUGUUUUACCUUCCCUCGGAUGAGGGCGAGAAGCUGUCACUCUCCACCUCUGUCCUUGUGUCGCUCACUGUGUUCCUCCUGGUCAUAGAAGAAAUCAUCCCCUCCUCCUCCAAGGUGAUCCCGCUUAUCGGAGAGUACUUGCUUUUCAUUAUGAUUUUCGUCACACUCUCAAUCAUCGUCACUGUCUUCGUCAUCAACGUGCACCACCGCUCCUCAGCCACCUACCACCCCAUGUCGCCGUGGGUUCGUAACCUCUUCCUUCAGAAAUUGCCGAGGUUGCUCUGCAUGCGUGGACACACCGACCGCUACCACUAUCCAGAGCUGGCUCCUGAAAGCCCUGAGCUGAAGCCUCGUUCAGGUCGGAAAGGAGGCCAGAAGGCAAACAGUGGAGCUCACGGACAAACGACUUCUGAGGGGAAGGAGGAUGAGGCCUGGGCGACCAUGUUGGACAAGGCUAUCUACUCAGUGCGCUACAUAAGCAGACAUAUCCGCAAGGAACACUUCAUCCGUGAGGUGGUCCAAGACUGGAAGUUUGUGGCACAGGUGUUAGACAGGAUCUUCUUGUGGGCUUUCCUCACCGUCUCAGUUCUGGGCACCGUCCUCAUCUUCACUCCAGCUCUGUACAUGUUUUUGAAAAUCCCUCCUCCAACGGCAAGUGAGGAUCCACCUUCACACUAGUAGCAAUAACACACUGCUUUCACAGGCAGCUGAUGAUCCGCUUUCAACAAUCUAUGACAACAUUUGUUGCCACCGAGCAAGACGAAGCCACUGCAGGUGUUUUGUAAAGGAGUACUUUGACUCUGUGAUGGUUUUGUUUCUUCUCUAGAUCCACUGUCACAUGUUCUGUAUGUCGUUCAGUCAUUAUCUGUAUACUUUGUAUGCACAUUAGAACGUUAUGUCAGAUUAUUACGAUAUUUUGUUUACAGAUAAAAAAGACAAUUGAUGCCACCUGUGCUGCUUUUCAGCUAGAGUCACUUUAGAUUCACAAAUGACACAAACAAAGGAGUAGAAGGAGAACUUUAUUCAGCAAACACUUAAGCUAAAAAAAAAAAACUUCGCCAGAUUUAUGUACUUAGCCAAUUUCCUCAUUAUUGUUUAUGCUUUCAAUUGCCAUUGCCUUUGAUUUGAUGAAUGUGGUGGACCUAAAAUUCCCAACAUCACUUAAACAUUCUGUUCAUUUUCAUACACAACUAUUAAGUUAUGUACUAUAAGUCAGCUUUAGUUGUAUUGUAUAUUGUAUUGUAAGAAAUAGAAACAAUUUAAUCUCUCAAGGUACCAACAACAUCUGAACUACCUUACACAUUCAUUACAGAUGCAACACCCUUUGACAUGUUUGCAAAAUCCUUAAAGACUUCAGCAUACGUUAGGCGAAGAAAUGACAAUGAGAGCCCUUCUCUGUGAUGUUGUAUGUAUGUGAACAGCGAGUCCUUUGUCUAUCUCACCUUCCUCAAAUACAAAAUUUGAUAUUUUUUGGUCACUGCAGUUAGUGAAGCCACUUCACGCAACAUAAUAUGAACUAUUAUAAAUGAAUGAAUGAAGAUAUUUGUUCUUUAAAUUACAAAUUCCUCAAAAGCAGUGGUUCCCAACUGGUCCAGCCACGGGGUCCAGAUUUCUCUUUAGUCAUUAGUUCUUAGUUAGUUUAAUACAGUCAGCAUCGAACUUGUGUUUGUCCAUGUCAUCGAGCUAGUUUGCUGUCUCUGUCAGGUAGCUUUCCAUUUGUCACUCACUCUACAGCAGGAAACGGCACUUCAAAAUGCAAGCUCUGUGACAGAAACUCACUGUACCUCAAAAUAAAGUGUGUUAUUUACAAAAUUUGACACAUUUGCGAAUCACUUGCGGUCCAUUCAGAAUGGAUCCGUGACCGACUUUUGGACCGGGACCCACCAGUUGGGAACCACUGCUCGAAAGUACAGUAUUUGUAUUGUUCAGAUGGAC